AUGGUUGUUUUCAUGUUGAGCCCUGUAGGAGAUGCCAAAAAGAAUGUGGCUCUUCUGAUGAAAGCAGGGGUUGAUGCAGCAUUACCCUUGGACAUCCUAACUUACGAAGAGAAGACCCUGUCAGCCAUCUUGAGGAUAUGUAGCAGUGGUCUUGUCAAAUUGUGGAGCUCUUUGACUCUGUUAGGAUCCUAUAAAGGCAAGAAAUGUGCCUUCAGAGUGAUUCAGGUUUCUCCAUUUCUCCUUGCCUUAUCUGGGAAUAGCAGGGAACUAGUAUUGGAUUGAACAGUCUUCAAUUGCAGAAACAUCCUUCUGCUCUCAAAAGCAUGUUUUGGUGACAAUAUGCUGUCUGAAGACUGAAGCAGUCUAAAAGCUCUGAUUGCUGAAGAUGUUCCCCGUAAUUUCCCGCCAUCAUCUGUGGUCGGGUGGGCUUCAGAGGAGAAUCCUCCUGAGCCAGCCAGUGGUGAGCAGGCAGCACAUUGAGCAGAUGCACACCAGAGUUGGAGACCGCGCUGAACUCAGCAGGGCCUUCACACAGAGGGACGUGGCUGCCUUCUCAGAAUUAACGGGGGAUGUCAAUCCUUUGCAUUUAAAUGAAGAUUUUGCAAAAAACACCAAGUUUGGAAAGACAGUUGUGCAUGGAGUUCUGGUCAAUGGACUUAUUUCGGCUCUCCUGGGAACUAAAAUGCCAGGGCCAGGCUGUGUAUUACUUUCACAGGAAAUUAGCUUUCCAGCCCCUUUAUAUGCUGGAGAAGUUGUUGUAGCUUCCGCAGAGGU